CACUGUAAGUUUUCUCUUUUUGGCAACUGUACUUGCUUUGAAUGAGCCGAAUGUCAGCUGGAUUUCACAGCAUAUCCGAUUUACAGUCUGUGUUUUAUCAAGGCCUUAAAUGUAUGUUUUAUACUCAGCAGAUGGGAAACGCAUUGAGCACUGUGUCUGACAUGUAUGCCUAAGGAAAGGAGCUCCCCGAUGGAUCAUGGCGUUAAUGUUUACAGGACAUUUCCUAUUUUUACUGUUAGUGAUGUUUGCUUUCUCUACUUUUGAAGAAUCUGUGAGCAAUUACUCCGACUGGGCAGUUUUCCCAGAUGACAUAGAUCAGCUUAAGACACAGAAAGUGCAAGAUUUCAGACCCAACCAAAAGCUGAAGAAAAGUAUGCUUCAUCCGCAUUUAUAUUUUGAUGCUGGAGAGAUCCAAGCAAUGAGGCAAAAGUCUCGCACAAGCCAUGUGCAUCUUUUUAGAGCUAUCAGAAGUGCAGUGACGGUUAUGCUGUCCAACCCGACAUACUACCUACCUCCACCCAAGCAUGCUGAUUUUGCUGCCAAGUGGAAUGAAAUUUAUGGUAACAAUCUGCCCCCUUUAGCACUGUACUGUUUGUUAUGCCCGGAGGACAGAGUUGCCUUUGAAUUUGUUUUGGAAUAUAUGGACAGGAUGCUGGGCUACAAAGACUGGCUGGUGGAGAACGCACCCGGGGAUGAAGUUCCAGUUGGCCAUUCCUUAACAGGCUUUGCCACUGCCUUUGACUUUUUAUAUAACGUAUUAGAUGAUCAUCGAAGGCAAAAAUACCUAGAAAAAAUAUGGGUUAUUACUGAGGAAAUGUAUGAGUAUUCCAAGGUCCGCUCAUGGGGCAAACAACUUCUUCAUAACCACCAAGCUACUAAUAUGAUAGCGUUACUCACCGGGGCCUUGGUGACUGGGGCAGAUAAAGGAUCUCAAGUCAAUCUAUGGAAACAGGUGGUAGUAGAUGUGAUGGAAAAGAUGAUGUUUCUUUUGAAUCAUAUUGUCGAUGGUACUUUGGAUGAAGGUGUUGCCUAUGGAAGCUACACGGCUAAGUCAGUCACACAGUAUGUUUUUCUGGCCCAGCGCCAUUUUAAUAUCAACAACUUGGAUAAUAACUGGUUAAAAAUGCACUUUUGGUUCUAUUAUGCCACCCUUUUGCCAGGCUUCCAAAGAACUGUGGGUAUAGCAGAUUCCAAUUAUAAUUGGUUUUAUGGUCCCGAGAGCCAGUUAGUUUUUUUGGAUAAGUUCAUCUUAAAGAACGGAGCUGGAAAUUGGUUAGCUCAGCAAAUCAGAAGGCACCGGCCUAAAGAUGGACCAAUGGUCCCCUCUACUGCCCAGAGGUGGAGUACUCUUCACACUGAAUACAUCUGGUAUGAUCCCCAGCUCACCCCACGGCCUCCUGCGGAAUAUGGUACUGCAAAAAUGCACACGUUCCCUAACUGGGGUGUUGUCACUUAUGGGGCUGGGUUGCCAAAUACACAGACCAAUACCUUUGUGUCUUUUAAAUCUGGGAAGCUAGGAGGGAGAGCUGUCUAUGACAUAGUUCACUUCCAGCCAUACUCCUGGAUUGAUGGGUGGAGAAGCUUUAACCCAGGACAUGAACAUCCGGAUCAGAACUCAUUCACUUUCGCCCCCAACGGGCAGGUAUUUGUUUCCGAAGCUCUCUAUGGACCCAAGUUGAGCCACCUUAACAACGUACUGGUGUUUGCGCCAUCACCCACAAGCCAAUGUAAUAAGCCCUGGGAAGGUCAGCUGGGAGAAUGUGCACAGUGGCUUAAGUGGACCGGCGAAGAGGUUGGUGACGCAGCGGGGGAAAUCAUUACUGCCUCUCAACAUGGGGACAUGGUAUUUGUGAGUGGGGAAGCAGUGUCAGCUUAUUCCUCAGCAAUGAAGCUGAAGAGUGUGUAUCGGGCUUUGCUUCUCUUAAACUCUCAGACUCUGCUAGUUGUUGAUCACGUCGAGAAGCAAGAAGAUUCCCCAAUAAAAUCUGUCAGUGCCUUCUUCCAUAAUCUGGAUAUUGAUUUUAAGUACAUCCCAUAUAGGUUCAUGAACAGGUAUAACGGCGCCAUGAUGGAUGUGUGGGAUGCACAUUACAAAAUGUUUUGGUUUGAUCAUCGUGACAGUAGCCCCAUUGCUAGUAUACAGGAAGCAGAGCAAGCCGCUGAAUUUAAGAAACGGUGGACUCAAUUUGUUAAUGUUACAUUUCAGAUGGAAUCCACAAUCACAAGAAUCGUCUAUGUCUUUUAUGGGCCAUAUGUCAAUGUUUCCAGCUGCAGAUUUAUUGAUAAUUCCAAUUCUGGACUUCAGAUUUCUCUCAAUGUCAAUAAUACUGAACAUGUUGUUUCCAUUGUAACUGACUACCAUAACUUGAAAACAAGGUUCGAUUACCUGGGAUUUGGCGGCUUUGCCAGUGUGGCUGAUCAGGUCCAAAUAACCCGAUUUGGUUUGGGCACUCAAGCAAUAGUGAAGCCCAUAAGACGUGACAGAGUGAUUUUUCCUUUGGGAUUUAAAUUUAAUGUAGCAGUUGGGUUGAUUUUGUGCAUCAGCUUGGUGAUCUUAACUUUUCAGUGGCGGUUUUACCUUUCUUUUAGAAAGCUAAUGCGGUGGAUCCUCACCCUUGUUAUUGCCUUGUGGUUCGUUGAGCUGGUGGAUGUGUGGAGCACUUGCACUCAGCCCAUCUGUGCAAAGUGGGCGAGGCCGGAGGCCGAGGCGAGCGCGAAGCCUGUGCCUCCCCCAGGGCACCGCAUCUAUCUUCCUGACAUCGUCAUUACCUCACUUCCCGGCUCAGGAGCUGAAAUUCUCAAACAACUCUUCUUCAACAGCAGUGACUUUCUCUACAUCAGGGUUCCCACAGCCUACAUGGACAUCCCUGAAACUGACUUUGAGAUGGACUCCUUUGUGGACGCCUGUGAGUGGAAGGCGUCCGAUGUCCACGGUGUGCAUUUCCGUUUACUGCGAGGCUGGCUGCAGUCCUUGGUCCAAGACACAAAACUCCAUUUGCAAAACAUCCAUCUGCACGAACCCAGCAGGGGUAAACUGGCCCAAUAUUUGACCACGAAUAAGGACAAAAAAAGGAAGUUGAAACGGAGAGAGUCUUUGCCAGAACAAAGAAGCAGAAUGAAAGGCGCCUUUGACAGAGACGCUGAAUACAUUCGGGCUCUGAGGAGACACCUGGUCCGUUACCCCAGCGCGCGGCCCGUGCUCAGCCUUAGCAGUGGGGGCUGGACCUUAAAGCUGCAUUUCUUUCACGAAGUUUUAGGAGCUUCGAUGAGGGCCUUGUACGUGGUGAGGGACCCUCGGGCGUGGAUUUAUUCGAUGCUGUACAGUAGUAAACCAAGUCUUUACUCUUUGAAGAAUGUACCAGAGCACUUAGCUAAAUUGUUUAAAAUAGAGGGAGGUAAAGGCAAAUGUAACUUAAAUUCGGGCUAUGCUUCCGAGUAUGAAUCAUUGAGAAAAGAAUUAUCAAAAUCCAAGCCACACGCGGUGUCCCUGCUGGCUCACGUGUGGCUAGCAAACACCGCAGCAGCCCUGAGGAUAAACACAGACCUGCUGCCUACCAGCUACCAGAUGAUCAAGUUUGAAGAUAUUGUGCAUUUUCCUCAGAAAACCACGGAAAGGAUUUUUGCCUUUCUUGGAAUUCCUUUGUCUCCUGCUAGUUUAAACCAAAUAUUGUUUGCCACCUCCACGAACCUUUUCUAUCUUCCCUAUGAAGGGGAAAUAUCACCAACUAAUACUAAUGUUUGGAAACAGAACUUGCCUAGAGAUGAAAUUGAACUGAUUGAAAACAUCUGCUGGACACUGAUGGAUCGUCUAGGAUAUCCAAAGUUUAUGGACUAAAUGCUGCAGCGUGAAAGCAGACCGACCACUCCUCCUCCCCCCGUAUCUGCUUCCUCACGUAGCUUUCCCUGCUUUCUCUUUACAGUGUCAAAAUGAAUGAAAAUCCUAUUAAUACAGGUUGAGAGGGCAACUGAAGACCUGAAUCCACACUAUUAUUCUCAAGGAAGAUUAUUCGUCCUAUCUCAGGGUUAUCAACGAGCAUGUAACAUUUCUACAUGGAUGAUCACACUGUUUCCAUUAUUGGUCAGAGUCUCGGUGUUUGCUUUCAAUUCCCAGGACGUGUGACCUUAAAUCAGAUCAAAUAAAAGGCUCUGGGUUGAAAGUAAUAUUAGGUCUGAUCAAGGUAAGAGUUACAAAUGUGUGCAAGUAACAGCAGAGAAGGCAGAAACUGUACCACUGCCUUUCCUUUAACUUUGUACAGAAACAUGCCCACAGGCAGAAGAGAGCCAGGGUGAGUAUGUGGAGGAGUUGGGGGAGAGACAAUGAAAAAGAAAGAGCAGUUCUGUGAAUGGAUAUGGGAACAGUAUGGGAAUAUCUUAUUUAUAGCUAAAGAAAGGAACACACUUAAGAUGAUCUUCACAGUGUAUCUUAACUUUUACAACAUAGCAAGGUCAAGGGGAAUUUCCUUGUCUACUCAUCCACUCCCACCCCAAGGGAAACUUAGCUGGAGGAGAAGACUUGUAUUCACAGGUUCUAUUUCUGAGCAAUGUUUUACAUGGGUGACGGAUGGCCCAGCCAUUGCACAUGCGUCCAUUUGUUCAUGCUUGGGAUCCCCUGCUUUAUAAUCUCAAUUAUAAUCUCAGAACGUCUAAGUCCUACAUUCCUAGGGUGUUAUCCUGGGAAGAAAUGUGAAUAGACUCUACACUUAUUUUUAUUCUGAUCAUCUUGAAAAUAAAGUAACGAUUAUCACUAUGUGACACUUCCAAAGGAAACACUUUAAAAAAUGUCUUUUCCAUAAAACCAAUUCCUUUCCUCAUUAACUUCCCCAAACUUAGG